UUGACCUGAUUGGAUGUUCUGUCGGACGUUUGACUGUUCUUUUGGGACUGCGAGGCGCUCGGAAAAUCGAUAGAGUUUUAUUCAAGAGGAAAAACAACGGUUUGCAAAAAUGUCGUUCGCGUUAAAGUUUUCCGUUUUGCUAGUUGUAGUGCUACUUGUGGAACGUUCCUAUGCGGAGAAACCAACAUUUCGGAUCUUGGCGCCAGAAUUUAUGUGUCCAAGAACAAAAAGCUUUUCAUCAAAUAAAGGCAACACAACGGAAGUAGCUCCUGAAGCACCUCAACAAGUGACAAUAGGACUGCAGACCAAGAAUGGGCAGAGGCUUCGUUAUCGAGUGUCCGUCAACUUCACCCUGUUGGACGGUUUUGUGAGUCAGCGGCACACUUUGCAACUCUGGCGUAGCGUUCAGGAGUUGGAGAAGCGCAUCAAAACGGAAGCUGCCAACAUAUCGGCCACCAAUAGGAUCAACAUUCCCAACGAUCAACUGGUAUCUGGGGUAAUCUACACCUUCAACAUUGUCGGCGUAAAUUCCGACGGAGAGACCAGUCAGGAGCAAAACUUUACUUUAACUUUUCGAGGCAAACGCAGUGGUUCAGCCAUCGAACAAGAUGGUUCCUCCACAACCCAGGACGUUUCGUUGAUUCUGAUGGGUGCAGAAGUAAGCUACCCUGACAUUCCCUACGCCGUCACAGCGAAACUGAUCUUCUGUGAACCCAAGAACGACUACAAAUUGCGAUGGUCCAUUCCAGGAAUAGACGACCCAAGCAUCCUAACGACCUCGAAUACGCUCGAAAUACCAGCGAACCUUCUAAAAGCUGGCUCAAGCUACGACAUUAACGCUGCAGUUGUGAAUAGCACCAGCUCCAACGAACUUGUCAAGGCUCGUAUGAAGCUUCGGAUCAUCGAACGCGCCCUGCAGGGCAGAAUAUAUCCCGUGGAAGCCAUCGUUGGCCUGGGACAACCGAUACAAAUUCGGGCUGAUUACAAUCAGCCGGCAUUGAUGCCGGAACUGAGUUGGAGCUGUACCAGUGUCCAGACCGAUGCCGACGCUGAUUGUAGCGAUGAUUUGGACAUUGCUGGAAGAACUGCUACGGUGGUUUUCACCAAAGAAUCUAGUUUCCGAAUCAGCGCUGCCAAUGGGCAACUAACAUUGACCUCGAACAUCAAAGUGUUGUCAAGAUCUACGAUAUCGGUCCGAUUGCAGCGCUUGCCCGCCUUAUAUCUGCUCCCUGGAAAUCGCUUCGAUCUGCUAGCGGACGUAAGUGGUCUGGUACCGAAAUGCUCCUCCAACUGGACGGUGGUCUCAGAUCCUGGUUCUGGUUCAGCUUACUUUAAUCCGGAGAAGCUAGAUUCUCCUUUAGGCGGUAUCUUCGUUAAUGAUGUUGAGGAGAAUUUUCUGUCCGAAUUGAUCGACUACGGGAACGAUACCAUAGAACGGGAAGUUAAAUUGACCAUUCCGGGUAGAUCGGAAGCUUCCGGUUGGACAGGUUUGCUGCCUAACUCGCGAUAUAAGCUUAGAUUGAUAACGAAAUGUGCGGAACCGAUUGACGAUAGUUCGGAUAGCCCUAAAGAACGGCCCAUUGUUACCAGCACCUGGGAUAUGAUACUGGAAACCAACGGUCUACCUGAAGGACAACCAUUGACGAUGACUCCGUAUGAAAAUGGAACAGCUUUGAGCACCUACUAUCAGUUUUCAACGGGCAUUGCAAAGGAGAUUGCUAGCGAUUAUCCUCUGCAAUACUCGUUCUGGUAUUCCGUUGAAGGCAACUCGAUCAACAUAGCGAAUUACUACGAAGUGAUGUCUACCGAAACACAACUACCAUUCUCUAGCAGUAAAAUAUCAGGAUAUUAUCUGGUCUGCGAUUCUCGUCUUGCUUGUGCCCGUAUUGAAGGCACGCAGUCUUUACUGGUGCAACCGAAUCAAAACCUCGAUUCAUCUAUAUUACACUUUCGUUUGGAUCAAAUCCAGAAAAGUUUCGACCGAAACAGCUAUCGGGAAGCAAUAAAGCUGGCGUUCGAGCUGGCUUUAACUCUUAAGAAUCAACAAUCUGACCUCUACGAUGAAGCUUAUGCCAAGCUCAUAGAAAUCCUUGAACUACAAAUUCCACUCAUG